AUGAUACCUGCUACAUGUUUAGAGUUGAAGGAGAGAAUUUUGUACCACCUAUCUUCGAUUCAAACACCAGCAAACGUUGUGAUAAGAACCAUAGAUACUGACGUGCUGAUAAUUGCUCUUGGCUGCCUUAGUAAGUUACCUAACAGCUUGAAUAUUUGGAUGGAAACCGGUGUUUACACUAAAAAUACAUUAAGGUACAUAAGUAUUAAUCAAAUAUACCAGAAAUUGGGCAAAAAUAUUUGCAUGGCCUUGCCAGCAUACCAUGCUUUCACUGGAUGUGACUAUACAGCAUCGUUUAGUAGGAAAGGAAAAAUUCGACCUUUCAAACUACUAGAAAAAAAUGAAAGUGUGCAAGAUGUAUUUAAACAGCUAGGAACAAAUCUUGAUGUCACAGAUGACGCUUUUGCAACGUUGGAAAAAUUUGUAUGCAGCAUGUAUGGAAAAAGGAAUCUAUCAUCUGUAGAUGAAGCUAGGUUGGUAAUGUUUUUGGAAAAGUAUAAACCAAAAGGAGAAAAUGAAGCAAUUUCCUGUGUUAAAAAGUUUGAUGGAAGUUCUCUACCACCUUUUUUACGAGUGUUGCGUCAAAAGAUUUAUCGAACAAAGUAUGUUGCACAGUUAUGGAUGUCAUCAAUAACGUCCGAGCCUCCAAAUCACCUUCCUGAAGACAUGGGUUGGCUGCUGAAAGAUGGCAGCUAUAUCAUUAAGUGGUACGAAGGCGAAAUGUCUCCAAAAGCAGUAGAUGUCACCAGCAAUGAAAAUUAUUAUGGAUUCUCCAGAGAAGUAGAAGAUUUUGAAGGGUUUGAUGAACUGUCAAGUGAUGACGAUUCAGACAGUGAUGACGAAACUAGUGACGAAGACGUGUAAUGAUAAUUUAAGAUGCUGAUGCAGAACAAUAUCAAUCAUGCUGCUAUAACCUAUUGUACAUAUUUAUAUUUUAUUAAAUGCUAUCAGAGCAUUU